AUGCUUACUACUCGCGGCGUUACCCGCCUCUCACAUCUCAGAAGUUGUUGCCUGCCAUUCGCAGACUCUCAAGCCAUGCUGAUAGUAAUACCCACCUCUCGGAAGUCGUUGCCCACCGUUUGCAGACUAUGGGGAGUUGGUGGUAUUAGGGCUGCAAAGUCCACUCGCGCCCUCUCAUUCUUCCUCAGUCGUUCGCUGCUUGUUCCAGUGUGCUACUACCACCACUCGCGCCCUACUACCACCACUCAUCCUGCAGACCCGUACCCAUGGACCCGUACCCGUACCCGUACCUGGCCACACAGGUAUGGUGUGGCACAGGUAUGGGUACGGGUACAGGCUGGAAUACCCAUGGGUUACCCGUGCUAUUCUCUACCGGGAUCUGCACGGGUACGGGUAACCCGCGCGGGUCACAGGUACGGGUACUACUGGGGUAUGGGUACGGGUUGGGAUUCUAAGACCCGCGCUCUUACCCGUACCCCAGCUAUACCCGUGCCUUCCAUAAACGCCAUACUUCCUGCGUGCACGCUACAACCGGCACCACCACCAAGCACUCAGACUUCCUGCCGGCAACACAUCAGCUCUUGUUUUUUGCGUCGAAACUCAAAGGUCCCGCGCUCGUUUGGUAUCAGGACUUACCGCAUCCCAGACGACACGACUGGCCCACCCUGCAAGCUGCCGGCCAGAUGCAGAACUCGCACCCGCCACCACAUCGCUACCAACACCUUCGCAUUCAGCGGUACUUGCCGUAUCCCCCACGCCACGUUCGACAACACCCACUAUGUCGCUGUGCAGCACGCUGACGGAUGCCACCAGCAAGCACCAUCCAGCACCUACACCACGCCAGUGAAUGCUGGCGUGGCUCGAAUGCACACGGAAGACACCAGGACGAAGAGAGAAGGAAAAGAGGAGGAACGAGAGGAGGAAGGAAUGAUCUUGUCAGAUGCGACGCCCGACACGUCACACUCUCGCGCCACCACACCACCAUCUCCCAUUUCGACACGCUCACCUUCGACUUCGAUCGUAUGCGACACACCACCUGCCACGACAUCAGCAUCUAUUUCGACGCUGAUACCUAUGGUACCCGCGGGUAAACCCUGCAUGGGUGCGGGUACGGGUCUGAGCUUGUUGUACCCGCCGAAAACCCAUACCCGUCAGAGUGGGUACGGGUUUUUGCCGGGUGCGGAAUCUAUGAUGUCUUCCUGCCGAUUCCGUCAUUGGUGCUUCUCCAUCAUUGGUGCUUGGUACCUCUCCACUGUCCGCGGCACCAGGAACCAACAAUAUGAACAUUGCCAUAAAAACGCGCAAAAGCCCCACCACGAGUCCACGAUUGGGUGCUGGAAUCGAAUGGGGGUCGAAAUUGGUGCACUGGGUGGUGUUGGUGGUGUCGGCGAUGACAAUGGCAAGACUAGUGGCGAGAACGCUAAGAUGGGACAUGUGUGGGGGUUCAUGUCGCUCUGGGGGUGGAGUAACAGCUAG